GCUUCAUCAUGCCAUUGUAUUUUCUAAUUUGAGGCUUUGGCUUCGUACAGCUCUUCCCCAGGUCUUACACUUACAGUGGUAGGAGGAACACAUUUACCUUUAAAAAAUUUUCCGGGUAGGCAUUUCUCUACUGUCUUAAGGCUGUGUCUGAUUAAACCUGUUUCUUUGUGUUUAGCUCGGUGCUCAAUAAAAUCCUUUUUUUUCCCUCCAUAUUUUUCAUGUUUUAACUUAAAAUUAAAGCUGUUCGUCGCCCAGGGAGCAUCGCAUUUAUUUCUAAGGGAACCCCCACGCUUCCUACGGUAGGCUGGUAAGGCAAAAUCUGUUUCUCAACGCAGGACUUCCAAUGCUAGGGUGCGAUGGCCCCGAAUGUCCUGACCAUGUGCCGCAACAGAUGCUGUUGUUUCAUGAAGCGACCUUCUUUCAGGAGAACUAAUUCAGAAAAUCUCCCUAACAAUUUUUGCCAGCUACCUAUGUAAACUUAUUUUUACAACCUGUGUCACCAACCUAACUUUUCAAUUCGAAGCUUCUAGACAGAAGCUGGUUAUCAUUUAUCAAUUAUUUUUGUAGCCUUUGAGCAGAUGAAUUGUACAAGAGUAAUUAAACGAGCUCUCUUAAAUCAAUACGCUGUUACUUUUUAAUAUUUUUAAAAUGAUAGUCUCUUAAGGUCAGUGGUUCUAAAAUAAACAAUACAUUAAAAAAAGCUGGCGUUCGAAUAAUUUAAAUUUUCCAUAUUGUAUGCUUCAUAUCAACUCCGCUUACCGUCUAAACUUUGAUUAUCAUUAAUAAGUUAAAAAUAGUCUUUUGGAUGCAGGAAAAUAACACUUGUGUAGACUCGGUGUCACUCCAUUGCACGGUAGCACAGCUUAGAGACAACACAGCCCUACUGUUAAGGAAUUUAAAAACAAAACCAAAUAACACACCAUUAUUUCUAUGUAGGUUUGAGUCCUGCUAGCCGUAAUGCUGCCCCUGCUGUCGUUCAUCCGGCCAAAGAAGAAGAUCCACGAUGGCCGCUAUGUUGACGUCGAUGCCUGUCAGUGCAGGAAACGCCACACGAACAAAAUCUGCGCCGUCCCGACCAAAGAAGAGGCCACGGUCUGUAGGGUGGAGCAGACGGAGCAGCAGGGGGAGCAACGGGGUCAAGGCCAAGCGUGGGAAUCAUCCCCCAAAGCGACCCCCCGGCAGCCGACGAUUGAAGAAGAUAGAAAAGCGGAAGGCGGCAUGCCAAAGGAGGAUCUGCCACGGGAAGACCAAGGCAUUCGGGGGUGUGAAGUGCCAACUCCCCAAACACAGGGUCCCGCACCAACAGUAAACAAUGGAGCUGCUCAGAGUGGAGACGCCAAUACCAGCGCGCUGGGUUAUGAAGGUAGGAUGUAUAAAAUGACAAACGUAAUUUAUUAGUGGACCAAUUGUGGGAUACCCGCUCCUGACACUUGGGUGAUUCUCAACAACACAAAUAGUAAAUACAAAAUAAAUUUAAAAAAAAAACAGCUUGUCAAUCGUCAUUUCCAACAAGAAAAACUGUUUUUUUUUGGGUCUCUCUGAUAUCUUGCCGAAGAAACGGCUAGAGUGAAUAAAAGUAUGUGUGCGUGUGUGGGCGCGGGGGAGUGGGGUGUGGGGUUAGAGAGGAUCACGAUAACAAAAUUUCAUGCACGUUGAUACAUCAAGACAAAAAUAAAUGGAUCCAUUGAUUUCGCGUGUUCUUUAAAAUGAUGUAAAAAUACUUUUACUGUCCGGAUUUGACCAGCCCUUCCACUUUCACACUGUCAAAUGUCUUAAACGAAUCGUAGCUUUUUAUCUGUUUCUCCGCUCUUUUCAUUCUAUGACAUUGCAAAAAAUACGUUAUGAAAUGUAGAUAACAUGAGUUCUUUGGUACGUUGAAGAUUGUCAUGGAAGUAAAUAGCUCCCUACACAAUUCAUGCCACAGGUGGGUAACUGAAAAAAAAGGACAAACUUUGUGGUUUUUAAAACUAAUAUUUUUAUGUAAAAUCCCUACAUAAAAUACUUUCAGGACCCAACCCCUAUGCCCAGUACAUCCCACCGGGGUACCAACCACCGCCACCGCAAAACUACGGCAACCAGUCACCCAAUGUCUACGGCAAUCAGCCGCCCCCUGGCUACGGCGGCCAGCCGACACCCGGACAGCUCCACGGCGCCAACAGCAUGCAGCUGGGGUACAGCUACAACUCGCCGCCCCAGCAGGUGGUGGGCGGUUACGAGCCCCCGCCGGGGUACAGCAUACAAGAGGCCGUCACCAGCCCGUACCAGAACCCUCAGACCCACAUCAUCUACGUCUUCCAGCAUCCCAGCCCACACCAGCCUCAGUCGCAGAGACAGUCUCACGCCACGGAGUUGCCUAUACAAGAAGCAACCACAACAGUGGUGAGUAGUUGCCCAUGAAUA